AUGGGGCGAGGUGAAGGAUUAUCUGCAGGGCAACCCGGACGUGGCCAAGAAGCUGCAGACCUUCUCGAGGAGCCCCGAGGCGAUGCGCGGCUGGCUGCAGACGCAGGCCAUGUCGGACUACUACCAGAGGAAGCUGGAGAGCGGGGACGCCCAGGCGCAGGCCCGCAUGAGAGCGCUGGAGCAGGACCCCGAACUUGCCCCCAUCAUCGAGGACAUCAAAAGAGCGGGAUGGAGGCAGUUAUGAAGCACUACCAGGACGAGGAGCUGAUGCUCAAGUUCAGCAAGGCCAUGGGCGGAGUGCCCGAGGAGCUCCAGCCGGCGCUGAAGAAGAUCGACGACGCGCCUCUAUCACUGCAUGAGGCAGCCAAGAUGGGCGACCUCAAGGCAGUCCAGGAAUACAUGGAGAAGAAGAGGCCGCUGGACGCCCAGGACCCGAAGGGCAUCACCGCGCUGGGCUACGCCGUCGGCGCCAACCGCAUCGCCGUCGUCAAGCUGCUGCUGGACAGCAGGGCCAACCCGUUCGCCGUCGACUCCAACGGCAACUCGGCUCUGCACUAUGCGGCCGGCUACGGGCGCAGGGAGUUGGUCGAGUACCUGCUCAAGACCGGCGGCAGCGUGGCGCAGGCCAACGCUCAGGGCCGGAAGCCGCUCGACGUCGCCACGCAGAACAGGCACGAGGCCGUGAUCCAGGUGCUCAGGGCCCACGGAGCGCAGUGA